AUGAGUGACAACCCCACCUUGAUUCCCCCAGAAGAUUAUUUCGGAUAUUCGGACCAUCCUCACCCUUUGUCAGACUAUCAAGACACCAAUCAGCCAUUGAGAUACUCUGCUUCAUCAUCCGAAGUCAAUGAUACUCUGAUCAAUCCCACGAGCGUCUCUUCCAGCUCAGGGAUCUAUGACCCUACAGCGACUUCUUAUCAGCCUGACGAUUUUCUCCCUCCUUGGUCCAAAUAUGAUCACGCCAACAUGGGCAAUGUGUUCAUCGGGGGCCCAGAUGAAAUCAAAUCCAGUUCAUCACGACGUAUGUAUAGAUUAUCACCGGGAUCUGAGACGACAAGAGGGCUUUCAGGCGGUAGGUUUUCGGGAGGACCUGAUUCGUUCGCCUUCGGAGCCGAUAAGCCCGGCCUUAAGGAGCGAAAUCGUCUGUCGGCUCAGAGAUAUCGAGACAGAAAGGUCCAAGCUGUGAACGACUCUAAGGAAUUAAAUUUUCAGCUCAUGGAGGAGAACCGCCAGUUGAGAUUGGACUUGGACUCUAUGACAUCGAAAAUGAAUUCUCUUCUGGAUCAGAUGCUGAUACAGACCACGGAGAUUAACACUCUCAAGGCUCGGCUGAGUAGACAUGAAAAUGUUUCUACCACUGAGGCUCCAUGGCUGCCUGAACAGAGAUUUGCAGUUCCGGGAAUGUAG